AGUAAAGGAAAUUCAUAGCUUCCAGAAGGUGUAACUUCAUUGGCUCUAUCAUUAUUCAUUUCUCAUCGACCGAGUGAAGUGUUAUUACAAGUAUCCACCAACAGGAGAAAAAUUACAAUGGACGACAACGAACCACAGUUGAAUAUGAAACGGAAACCAUCCGGAAUUUUGAAAUCAGACAUACCAAAAUCUCGGAAACCAAGUGGAUUGUCUAUAGACGUUAAACUACCAAAAACGUUAGAUCACGAGCUUUCAACUUCACCUCCAUCAUCAGUUUCUCCACAACUUUCAGUCACAUGGGCAACUCAUGUGCAUGGAAAUCACAAUGAUAGCGAAGAGCUAGACAAGCAACGUUUUGUAAAUGACGUCUUUUUCGGUUCUGAAAAGCAAAUAGAAAUGAAUCCUUCAGAGCGGAAUACAUCAAGCAUCGAUAUCCAUGAUACAGAAGACGAGGACUAUUCUGCGAGCUUGAAUGCGAUAAUCAAGAGAAAAGCAAGUAUCAAGAAAAAACGAGGAUCUAGACGCCAUCGCAGAACUUCAAGUCCUAUAAGUCAAAUGAUGGGAUCAAGUAAUGGAGACAGGAGAAGGUCGAGUGUGUACACGACUAGCUCAGGAGAAACUGCAGUGACAUUGGAGGAUGUAAGAGAUGAUGGAACACAAGACAGAAUAUUCGAAAACAUACGGUUGCACAAGGAAGUUUUACAGUCCGUCAAAAUGGAACCAUGGAGUAUGAGGCGUAAAUUAAAGCUUGUGAAACAAGCUAAAAGCUAUAUAAUACAACACGAAGGUGUUCUACAAGAUCGUUUCACCUCACGUUCAGCGAAAAGUUUACUGACGCAGUUCAAUAUUUUCCUAUCAACGAAAUGGCGACAAGUUUUACGGGAGAUAACAAAUCUUUCUACAUAUUUGAUCCCGUGGGAGUCUAGAAUUAAAGAAAUAGAGUCACACUUUGGAUCUGUUGUAGCUUCAUAUUUUACGUUUCUUAGGUGGUUAUUUUGGGUAAAUAUAGUAAUAUCGUUUCUUCUGGUGCUUUUCGUAAUGAUGCCAGAAGAGAUCUAUAUUAAUCGGGAUCAAGCCAAGUGUGAUAUAAGGAAAACUAUGUCUCAGCAAGAGCAGGCAAUAUCAUCGAAUUUCAGCACAAUUUGGGAAUUUGAAGGAAGGUUGAAAUAUUCGUCAUUGUUUUACGGCUACUACUCUACGUUCUCAGGUGCCAUUUCAUGGGGAUAUAAUUUACCACUUGCUUAUUUCCUCACUGGUCUAGUAGUAUACAUAUACAGCUUUGUGGCAACAUUAAAAAAAAUGGCAAAAAACUCAAGGAUGUCAAAGUUAUCAUCCAAGGAUGAUGAAUAUGUAUUUGCUUGGAAACUAUUUACUGGCUGGGAUUAUAUGAUUGGUCACACUGAAACGUCACAAAAUCGUAUGGCAUCUAUCAUUUUAGGCUUUAAAGAAGCUCUACUUGAAGAAGCUGAGAAGAAGAAAGACACGAGGAACUGGCGAAUUAUAUUAUUAAGAAUCACGGUCAAUUUCUUAAUACUUGGAUUAUUAGUCAUUUCAGCAUUCGCUGUGGUACAAGUUGUUAAGCGUUCUAUGGAUAUCAAAGAUACGGACUCAUGGUGGACCAGGAAUGAAAUUACUAUUGUGAUGUCUUUAAUUACCUUCUUUUUUCCAAUGAUAUUUGAAGCAUUAGGAUUACUAGAAUAUUAUCAUCCAAGAAAACAGUUGAGGAUACAAUUGGCAAGAAUUAUGGUUUUAAAUUUGCUGAACUUGUAUUCUCUUAUUUUUGCAUUAUUUGACAAGAUAAGCCACAUGACAGAAGAACUUCGUAGCUUGAAGCCCUCAAAUUAUACAAGCGAUAGUCAUUGCUUAACCAUAGCUAAAAACCAAUCAUAUAACAAUUACAGCAUACCGACCAUGGCUCUCUAUGCUGAGUAUGCUUUAAGACCUAUGUCACUUAAAUUGACACAGGAACUUUUUGAUUACCAAAGUAACUGUUACAAACAGUUCAUCAAAUGCCCAGUGCAAACCACAAUUAAUGCUGCCAUUUUGACAAUGUUCUUUUCGAAUAUAUCUAGUUCCAUGCUACCUUCUUCAAAUAUUUCAGAUUAUGAUACAUCUACUUCCAAUUUCAUGACAAAUUCCUAUACAACGAACGAUGACUUAAAUUCUUCGUUCAUCACAAUGGCAUCGACACAUAGUAUUUCAGAAGAUAACAGAUAUGCUACAGAUAAUGAAUUCGAUUACGACGAUGAAGAUGUUGCCUAUUAUUUGGAACAAAGAAUGCGAAACUUGCCAAAUGAUCAAUUUGAAGAUAUUCCAAUUAAUAAAAGAGAACUCAACAUGAGCGCUAUUUAUGAACAUUAUAAUAUAUCCGACGAAAUCUUGACAGAGCCUUCGACAACAAACGAACUUGUCGAUGCGGUAACGCAAAUACUAUACUCCAACACAGCAACGACUGAUUUUCAAACUAUGACCUAUACUGAAUUACACACCUAUGUUACCGAAAAAUACGAUGAAUUUUUGGAAUCGUACUACUAUUCAGAGGAAGAUGAGGUCCAAGAGGACAAUAAUUGCUUCCGAUGGAUUUGCGAAAACGUCACUGAUACCACAGCAGAAGGAAUCUCGAGUAGCGAAGUACCAUUCACAGAUGCCACGACAAUUAGUACAGAAAACCAUAUUACAUUAGAUACCGCAAUCAAAGUUGACGAAAUAACGUUGGCCCCGAAUACAGACUUUCCCAUGCAAAGUUCUAGAGAAGGUAAAUUUAAGAACGCUGAUAUACGAACGCUUUGUUGGGAAACAAUGUUUGGUCAAGAACUGGCUAAACUCACAAUCAUGGAUUUGUUGAUGACAAUUUUCUCAACUAUGACACUUGAUUUCAUGAGAGCAUUGUUUGUUCGUUAUAUGAAUAACUGUUGGUGUUGGGACUUGGAAAAGGUGUUUCCAAAGUAUGGAGACUUCAAAAUUGCUGAGAACAUUCUGCAUCUUGUGAACAAUCAAGGAAUGGUAUGGAUGGGCAUGUUUUUUUCUCCAGGUCUUGCGGUGAUCAAUAUAUUUAAACUGAUCAUCAUAAUGUAUUUGCGAUCGUGGACUGUUCUUACAUGCAAUGUACCUCACGAAGUAGUGUUUCGGAUCUCUUAGAGAAGCAAAUCAGGAUUUGAAGUUACAAUUACGAAAAGAACGAACAGAAGAAAGACGUAAAAUGUUCAAAAUUGCGACCACUCAACAUUGCCAACAAAACCCAGCAAUCAAAGGUCUUUCAAACUCAU